UGGCGGGUUGUUAGCGGCAGCCAUAUUUACUUCUCUACUCCAGCGAUCACAUAAAGCAAAAUGUCAUUCUUUGAAACUCUCGAAAAGCUGUUUGGUACCAGAGAUUUGUAUGAAGUACUGAGGCUAACUAAGUCAGCUUCUGAAUCGGAGAUAAAGCGAGCUUAUCGUAAAAAAUCGCUUGAAGUUCAUCCUGAUAGGGUUCCCGAAGCAGAGAAAGCGAGCGCCACCGAAAAAUUCCAACUUUUAAGCAGAGUUUACUCAGUUUUGUCCGACCAAGACAAAAGGGCGUUGUACGAUGAAAGUGGGGAAGUUGACGACGAUGUUGUUGUCCAAGAACGUGAUUGGGAUGCCUACUGGAGAUUGCUGUUUCAGAAAAUCACCAUGAAAGAUAUUACAGAGUUUGAGAAAAAUUACAAAGGAUCAGAAGAGGAAGUAAACGAUCUCAGGUCGGCGUACUUGGACUACGAGGGUGACAUGGACACUAUCUUGGAAAAUGUACUAUGCUCCACGAUUGGCGAUUAUGAAAGAUUCCGAAUAAUCAUUCAAGAUCUAAUUUCAAAGGAAGAUUUACCAACUUUCCCAGCUUUUGCGAAUGAGGAUAAAAAGAAGAAGAAAUCGCGCAAGCAAAAAGCUCAGAGGGAAGCAGCUGAAGCAGCGGAGGUGGCUAAAGAGCUUGGCUUAAAUGACAAAUCAGAUGAUGGCCUCAAACAGCUGAUUAUGAAAAGGCAAAAACAGCGGCAAGGGGCAGUGGAGGAUAUGAUAGCUGGACUGGAAGCAAAAUACUGCAAACCAAAGAAACCCAAAACGUCUAAAGGAAAGAAGAAAUAAUUUUUUUUCUUGAAUCAAAAACUGUACUUGGAUGAAAAACUUAUUUCUCCUUAUAGGUUGCCUUACACUGCUACAGUAGGGUGCUUAUAGGUUGUCUUGCAGUGCUACAGUAGGGUGCUUAUAGGUUGUCUUGCAGUGCUACAGUAGGGUGCUUAUAGGUUGUCUUGCAGUGCUACAGUAGGGUGCUUAUCAGUAUCGACAUAGUCUGUCGGUAUUGCUGUUUGCCUUUCCACGAACUUUACAAGCCUAGUAUUUGGAGAGUGAAAAAGUUUAUUUAUCUUGGUCAUAAAAUUAUCUUUGUUACUCAAAUAGAAGAAAAAACGCUUUUUUUCAGCCUCUGAAGUUGAGAAGUAACCUUAAAUAGCCCAGUAGCUCCUACGGAUUUGUCAUAAAUCUACAAGCACGCCCAAAGUGCUUCUACAGCUAACGCAAAUCAUACAUAAUGAACAUACUCCAGUGUAAUUAGUAAAACGUUACAAAAUACACGAGUUGCUGCUAGUUGAAAUGACAGACUACAAGCAGUCCCUGCUUUUCGGAAAAGUCCGGUUGCAUAACAGUUGCGAAACAUUAAACCUGUUUUGACCUCACAAAAUUUGCACAAUUUGCAAAAUUUGGACUAGCAAAUUUUGGUAACUUUGGGAGUUCCCGGAUAAAGUUUACCGCCAAAAAAUUGUAGGAGUUACUUACUCGCAAUAUAAUAAAUGGAAAUAAGGCAAUGCCAUAUAUGCCAUUCUCCUUUUGAAUAUUCAGGUAACUCCUCGAGCGAAAAAUAAACUAAAUUUUGCCUUGUCACUA